UGAGGCAGGAGCAGCUCCUCGUUGGCGCUGUCGAGCUUGGCUUGCCGAGGUCGUCCGUAGAAGAAGUCAUGGUCUUGCUUCGCAUUGCUGCCCUUUUGCUAUUGGCUGGGCUGAGCAAAGGGGAGGAUUUCCCCUUCAAGGACCCAACCUUGCCUUGGGAGAAGCGGCUGGAUGACCUGGUGAACCGGCUGACACUGGAAGAGAUGGUCUUGCAGAUGUCCCGAGGGGGUUCCAAGAACAAUGGGCCAGCACCCCCCAUUGAGCGACUGGGCAUUGGGCCCUACAACUGGAACACGGAGUGUCUGCAUGGGGAUGGGUUUGCCCCUGGCUGGGCGACUGCCUUCCCCCAGUCGCUUGGUUUGGCUGCAUCCUUCAGCCCUGAACUCAUCCAUCGCGUGGCCAAUGCCACGGCCACAGAAGUUCGAGCCAAACACAACCAUUUUGUCUCCCUUGGUUACUAUGGGGACCAUACAGGCCUCAGCUGCUUCAGCCCCGUAUUAAACAUCAUGAGGCAUCCACUAUGGGGCAGAAACCAGGAAACCUACGGGGAGGAUCCAUUCCUGACUUCCCAGCUGGCCGUGGCUUUUGUGACUGGAUUGCAGGGCGAUCAUCCCCGCUACGUCAAGGCCAGUGCUGGCUGCAAACACUUUGAUGUCCACGGGGGCCCUGAGAACAUCCCUGUGUCCCGUCUUCAAUUUAAUGCUAAGGUGGCGGAACGUGACUGGCGUAUGACCUUUCUGCCCCAGUUUGAGGCCUGCGUACAUGCUGGAACAUUUAGCUUCAUGUGCAGCUACAACAGGAUUAAUGGAAUCCCAGCGUGUGCUAACAAGAAGCUUUUGACAGACAUCCUGCGCAAAGAAUGGGGCUUCAAUGGCUAUGUGGUGAGCGAUGAGGGAGCUGUGGAGCUGAUCAUGGUGGGACAUCUCUACACCCAUAGCUUCCUAGAGACUGCAAUAGUUUCUGUGAAUGCUGGAUGUAAUCUGGAGCUAUCCUAUGGGAUGCGGAGGAAUGUGUUCACUCACAUACCUGAGGCUGUUGCCAAGGGGAACAUAACCUUGGAGAUGAUCAAAGACCGCAUCCGCCCACUCUUUCUCACCCGGAUGCGUCUGGGUGAGUUUGACCCGCCAACUAUGAACCCAUACAAUGCUCUGGGUCUUAAAGACAUUCAGACCGAAGCCCACCGUCAACUGGCCCUUGAUGCUGCCAUCCAGUCCUUUGUACUGCUAAAAAACAACCAUGGGACUCUGCCCCUUAAGGCCAAGGAAAUCUUCGGAAAAAAGCUUGCGGUGGUUGGGCCUUUUGCAGACAACCAAAUGAUUCUCUUUGGGGACUAUGCUCCGGUCCCAGAACCCCAGUACAUUUAUACCCCAAGGAGAGGUCUGGCAAUGAUCUCAGCUCAUGUCAACUUUGCUGCUGGAUGUGCCUUCCCCAAAUGCGACCACUACUCUGUUGCCGAGGUGAAGUCCGCAGUUGAGGGAGCGGACAUUGUGGUGGUGUGCUUAGGCACAGGGAUUGAUCUGGAGAUGGAAGCCAAUGACCGGAAGGACUUGGCCCUGCCUGGGCAUCAGCUACAGCUUCUGCAAGAUACCGUGGCCUUAGCUGAUGGACGUCCAGUUAUUCUGCUCCUUUUCAAUGCAUGCCCGAUUGAUAUCAGCUGGGCCAAGUCCCACGAUGGUGUGGGAGCCAUCUUGGCCUGUUCCUUUCCUGCACAGGCUACUGGCCUGGCUAUUGCCAAGGUGCUGGUAGGAGCAGAAGGCUCCAGCCCGGCUGGCAGACUCCCCGCCACAUGGCCGGCAGGUAUGCACCAGGUGCCCCCGAUGGAAAACUACACAAUGGCUGGCCGGACGUAUCGGUACUAUGGGGACGAAGCUCCGCUGUACCCCUUUGGCUAUGGGCUCUCGUUUACCACCUUCCACUACAGCGAUCUGGUCACAAGCACCAGUGUUGUGCCCAUUUGCGGCAACCUCAGCGUCUCUGUGAUAGUGGAGAACACUGGCACCAGAGAUGGCGAUGAGGUGGUGCAGCUCUACCUUCGCUGGGGAAAUGCAUCCGUUCCAGUGCCACGCUGGCAGCUGGUUGGUUUCCGUCGGGUGGCCGUGCCAAUGGGACAUGCGGUGAAGGUGCCCUUCCAGUUAACCUACCAGCAGAGAGCGGUGUGGUUAGGGCAGUGGCUGCUGGAGCCUGGCAGCUUCACUCUGUUUGCCGGUGGGCAGCAGCCCUCCCAGGAAACCCGUGUCCCUUCUAACAUCCUGCAAGCUGAUUUUACUGUAGCUGGGAGCGCUCAGGGAACCAGCCAGUGCUAGGAACUGGGGACUGAAGAGGAGGAGGAGGAGGAGCACUCUGUUGGGUAGCUCAUCUGGCCAACAAUUACGUCCAAAACAAGUUUUCAGAUAAGGCAAAAAACAUAGAAAUAUCUUGGCAUGGGAAGAAGCAGAUAUACUGUGAAACAUUACAAAUUUCAGGACUUGGUUGUCCUGGCUUGCUUUUUUGCCAGGUGAGCGGCGUGGAAGUUGGCUGUUUGGGUCAUGGUGGGUUCCAGAAGACAUUGAAUUGGGAUCCUGGCAGCUGACGUGGGCAAGAAGGGUCAAGAAGAAUGAAAGCCUAUUUUUUAAAAAAAGAAAAAGAAAUAUUCACACCCUGGGUUUUUGGGAAGGGUUCUUUUGCUUCUUGUGCCUUUGGUUACUUUUAAUAAAACUGAAUUUGAACUAAAAGGCUCACAUGGUUAUGAGAAGAGGGUUCUUGAAAGAGGGUGGUGGUAUUGCUUGUACCUGGACAUACAGAGCCAAAAUUCAUUUGCUCAUGUGGCAUUGCUGGGUGGAAGGGGGUGGGGGGUUCAAGAUCUCUUAACACAGAUGUGUAGCAGUCUUGCCAGGCUCUUGUUCCCAGGAUGCUUUGUGGAAAGCCACGGCAGAGGAAUUGCAAUAAAACUGAUAACCGUU